AUGGACUUCUCGGAGAAAAGACCAUUCAAAGACGAUCCUUUAUGGAUCAUCCGUUUGCUAACUGUGGAUACCUUAUCCAAAAACAUUUCAAAAUUCUUAAUGGCCCUAGUUUUAACAUUUCUUGUGAUUCUCAGUAUCAGUGCUAUGCUUUUUGGAGGUGAUAUAGUGACUAGAAUCUUGUCAAAGUUCGACAGAUGGGCUGUUGACUCCUUGGAAAACCGAAUCCUUCCCGAAAUCAAAACCGAAUCCUUUUAUUGCAACAUUUUCGUCAUCAUUAAUCUAAUCCUGACCCUGAUUCCCGUAAUCCUGUUUAUAAUCCCAGUCGAACACGACGAUGAUGUUUUUUUUGCAUUCUUCUACUUCAAGCGCCAAUUUCCCAAUUAUUCCACCAUUUUGAGCGGUUUUUACAGAGCGACUUUCCCAAUUCUGGGCUACGUGAUGGUCACUUGUGUCCACGAAAUGGUCUACGUUGUGGAACAAAUCAAAUUCCAAGCGUACUUGAUAAUAAAAGUUUUUGAAAAAGUUACAGAUGUUUUCAAUGAUUUGGACGAAAGUUUCUUGCUUCGAAACAGAUUUUACCAAAAUGAGGUCUCAAGGAGGUUCAAGUUUUGUAUUAAGCGACACGUUGAGCUGUUGAGUAUUGGAAGGACGAGUUUGAAAUUUGUGGAACAGUUGAUACCUGUGUUUGCCAUCAACGGGAUACUCUUUUUCGUGAGCACAAUUAUUUUCUGCUUUACUACAGAUGUCUUAACUAUUGCUAAUACGUACAUCAGGUGGUGUAGUUUAAGCCGUGAAAAUUUGCAAUAUGCCGGUAUCAUGUCGAUUAUUGCCAAAAAACAGUUUGCUGUCCGAUUUUCCGACAAUAUUAUCAUCAAUUAUGAGUUGGGAUUCAAGGUCCUCAAAAUGGUGUACUCAUUGCUGUGUUUCUUGAUCCAAUAUGAUCCUCUUUGGAUUGUUCGGCUCCUAGCUGUUGAUAUUUUAAACAAACCUUUCACCAGAUUUUUAAUGACAAUUGUUUUACUUUUCCACAUCGCAGUUCUCCUCAUCCAAAUCUACUUUAUUUGCUUCAUUCAAACCUUCGACGAUUUCAUCAAAUACAGUGCUGUUUUUUUCGCCAUGUUUUACAUAAACUUGAGUCUAAUAACACUCCUUUACGAAGGCAAUAUAGUCACCCGCAUAUUGAAAAAAUGCAAUCGUUGGGCCUUAAAUACGAUCGAUGAUAAAAUUUAUCAAGAAAUCCGGAAAGAAGCCAUUUUCUGCACUUGUUUCGUUAUAACAAACUUGAUUUUAACCCUUGUGGCAAUAUUUACAUUUCUCACACCGGUGGAAUUAGACAAGGACGUUUUCUUCCCUGUAUAUUUUUUUAACAAAUUUUUGGAUAAAACUUGUGCCACAAUUUUGAUUUGGAUUUAUAGAGCGACGUUUCUCUUAUUGGGAUUGGUUGUUGUGACUUGUGCCCACCAGCUUUUAUACGUCAUUCAGCAAUUCAAAUUUCAGGUUUAUUUGUUGCAAAAAUAUGUCGAAAAUAUCACAAAUAUCGAGUUUUUUGACGAAAUCGACUCGAUUUUGCUGAAAAAUGUUUCGUAUCAAAAAGAGGUAAAAAGGAGAAUACAGUUUUGUGUAAAAAGACACAUCCAAAUAUUGACUGCAGCUAAUCAAGGAAUGGAUUUCCUGAAAAAAUGGAUUCCUAUUUAUUCAAUCACCGGAAUUUUAUUUUUGGUCAGCAUUGUUUUUUCUUGCGUUGCGUUUAAUGGCAGCUUGGAAAGUGUUUAUUUUCGCGUAAGUGCCAUAAGUGUGGUUUCAGUGACCACAUUUUGUGCCAUUAUUUUCGUGGGUGAAAGUACAGCGACUCAGAGUGACGUUUUGAGUCAAAUCAACACUUAUAUUCGCUGGUGUAGUCUCAACCGUGAAAAUCUUCAGUUUUUUGCCAUCAUAAGUAUAAUUACUAAAGAGCCCUACUAUAUCAGGUUUUCUGAUAAUUUGGUAAUAAAUUACGAGCUCGGAAUUAAAGUAGUUAAGUUGGUUUACACUUUAUUGUGUUUUUUGAUCCAAUGUAAGGGUGUUUUAUAUUAG